AUGGGUUGUAUCACAAGAAUCGUAUUCGCUUUGGUCGUUUCUAUUACCAAUACCUAUGGAAUUCACACUGGCUCGUUCGCCGUUGCACUAACCGACGAUGGUACACUUAUCGGUGAGAAACCGCGGAAUCCCGGCUACACGCGCCACUUCUGCGCAGAAAGUAUAAACGGGGAGUAUCAAUCUCGCAUGACUACCAGACGAUCAGGUUAUGUCUGCGUUUCCGAAGAUGCAGGCGAUGGUCAGUGUUUGACAUACCAUGCCUUGCAGGCGUGUUACGACACGUUUUUCAAAGACGAUCUCAGUUUCUCCCGGCCUGCCCCUGACGCUUAUACUGAUUUUAGUAACGAAAUCCCGAACGCACUCCGCCAGUGUGUAUUUCUUACCACCACCGGCAAGUACAUUCUUGCUACCACCUAUCAGGGGCUCUCCUGCCUUGCGGCCAAUAACAGUGUCGAUUGUCAAUUGUUUCAGGAUGAACACUGCUGUGAGCGAGCCGCAGUGAACACGUCCACGGUAAAUGUCGUGCCGUACAGCAACCAGCGUGUAGAGGACAAUUUAAACUAUUGCAGCAGGAGCUGA